GAUAGCAGCUGAAUUUCAUUUUGUACAAUGUUCAGUGGAAAAAGACAGUUAAAAACAUCACAAGUUGACCCAAAACUCUGUCAGCUUCAGCUUUCAAAGUAAACAAGUCUCAAGAUGUUGCAUAAAUUUUCCGCAUGAACUCACCUGUCAAAUUUUGACCAAUCAGAGCAUAAAAAUUGGACUUAGAGCGUGACCAACGCGUGACCUUGGUGAGAAAAGUCAAAAGCAACUGGCUUGUCUUCCCUGCCUGUAAAAACUGGCUGAAUCUUAGCUUCCGAGGUCAGUUUGAAAUCAAAAUUUUAAUUGUGCGGCACAUAUAAAACAACAUAUUUCAUAUGAAUUGAAAAAAUUUAACUUGAGCCUGCAAUCAUUUGAAAACUAGUAACUUGUCAGCGGAUAACUUCAAAAAAAUACUCGACCUCGAUGGGUAGACACCUGAGCCGGCGAUACGGUCAGGUGAUAUUGGACCGUGUUUUGACAGCUGUCAAUUAAUCACAUCAUUGAUGCGCAAUAUGUAUGCAAUAUCAGUCUUCCUGUGCUCCCAAAUUAGCUAGAAAGUGUGGGAUUGAACAUUGGUUACCCUGUGGUGCGGACGGACGGGCGGGCGGUGUACGGUCACGUGAAUACCAAAUUUUCUGGGAUGGGUAGAUUUACUUACACAUCGUGCUCCGCAGGCGCGCUUCGCGCGUCAGAGCUCCGCUACAAAGUAAAGAUGUCUUCAUACGUUCAAGUUACUAUUCAACAUUACUGUGAAAAACCAGAAUGAGAUGUAGAGUCACACAGUUUGGUACGCAUUACGUGAAAGUGUCGGACUUUGCCCCUCUCGUGGUUCUCACAAGAGGGAACAUAUUCGAGUUAUCACUCGGUAAUCCUGUAGUAAACAGAAUUUAAAAUAAUAAUAAAAAAAACGAAAUGUGCUACACACAAUUUGCACUGGAACAUGUUGGACUUUGACCCUUUUACAAUUCGUUCGUAAAAAACGCUACUUGUUUACUAGAGAAUUUUCAAACGGCCGAAAUUUAUUUCAACUCAUAUCAUGUUGUUCCACUUAAUAAAACAAGAUAUAAUUGUUUUGUCAACUAGCUUCUUCCAAUUUUAUUCCCUAACGUUACUGUUUCUGUACCGUUCGCGAUAGCCCAAUUAGGCCAGAAAUGUCUUGGAGCAGCAUCCACACUAAAAUAUGAACCCUUUAACAGCUGUAUCACUGUACACAGCGUUUGAAUCAUGAAGAUAUUUAAAUAUCUCCUAAGCAUCAACUCAUAGUACCUUCAACCUUAUUGGCUCCUGUGACAGACCCGAACACACAAAGCCACAGAGCCACAAAGAUACAUACGCUCACACCACUGACUGAGUUAUAUUUUUUUCAAAAUAGCUCAAAAAGCCACGAAAUGUUAGCAUUAGAUAAAGGCUUAAUUUGAAUCCAACGAAGUUUAUGUUCCGGGGGCGGAAGAACCCGUAAAGAACUUUAAUCUGAAUCUCCCUGCCGACGUCCGUGUUUGUCGAAACUGAUUACUACAGGCUAGUGCAAAGUGAACAUUUUGCUUAACCUGCGUAAAAGGUGUCGAAUGGGGCAGGGAAGCCAAAGGCGAUAUUAUCCGAUCAGUUGUACUUAUGAUCGCCUGUCAGGAAUAUGACAGUUGAUGAAAGAGUGUAUGAUUUAAACUAGCAGGAACCAACGGUUAGAAAGUGCGCGUCAACAUGUACGGUUACCUUAAAGAAGCGAUUAAUGUUGAGAACCGCUUUGAAAUCUUAAUUGGGUACGUGAACCCCAAGAUAAAGCCUUUUUCAAUCGCCGGUGAAUCUGUGUUCAUUGACCAAAGGUCGUUGAAAAGAGAUAGAAAAUGAAGAAGAAAGUUAUUGAAGCUUUCAGCUGACAAGCGACGUAACAUGGUGGAAAACGUAUGGAAAAGUAAACGUAUAGUGUAAUCUGAAUUAAAAGGGCAAUGUUAGCUGGAGAGCAUGCGCGCUGAGGUUAUGUUCACUCGUGUUGCAACUUCAUUCUCGUAACCACUCACUAUUACACAUGGCUUACCUCAGGGCUCAAUUCUCGGCCCAGCGCUUUUGAACCUGUACAUGAAUGAUCUAUCCUAAGUCAUUAAGCUUAGUAACAUCGUUUUACGUUGAUGACCCUAAGAUAUAUUUCUCGUUUGCGUCAAAGGACUUUGAUUUAUGCCUGCGCCUAGUUGCUGAGGAUGUAAAAAAUGUUUCAGAGUGGCGUUGCGCUAACCACCUUUCGACCAAUCCUGUGAAAACUAAGUUUGUCCCGUUUGGGGUGAGGCAACUUAUCUCCAAGUUGCCCAGUAACAUCACCGUACCUUUCCUUUGUCAAGAUCUAGUACCUGCAACUUCCGCCAAGGACCUUGGCUUCACACUUGAUUCGAACUUGACCUUCAAUAUCGCUACACUAACCUCCUCUCUUUUGUCCACAUUAGUUCAAAUAAAUAGGGAACGACACUUCUUCUCUAAAGAUGUUACGUACAUAAUCGUAAAUUCCUUAGCAUUUAGCAAUUAAACUGUUCUUCUGCUCGACCGUAUGGUCUGGAAUUUCUGAAUGUGAUGUCGCAACUGUUCGCGAAGACACAAAAACAUAAAAUCUAUCAGGUUUUUUUUACAAGUUUUGGAAAGUUUUCGACGAAAAAAUAUAAAGACAAUUUUACAGGAAAUGAAGAAUUUAUUCAGUCUGAGACAGCAGCAGUUACAAGUGAUUAAUAUAUUCUACUGACGUACUUUUAGCAUUUCAUAAGCUCACUUACAGCCAAUGCAAAUGCAUCCUGAAAACACGAACAACACUUUCAUUUUUUUUACUCUAAAAGAUACAGAGAUUUUCCUUACGUUACUAUUUUGAGGCCAUUAUUGAGUAACAGCUCCUGUACUGUGUUCCACAGUAAAUUCCUCUUAUCAAUACAUAUUUGAUGACUGUCAGUAUAGUGACGUAUUCAAAACAGAGAGUGGCUAUUACCUCACAAAUAUAAUCUAACUGACAUGUUUGUUCCCUUUCAAAGCCUGUUAAAACACAAAACAGGGAGUAAAGAUGUUACAGUGGUGCAUAUACUGCUGUUUCAUAAAAUAAGAAAUACAACAGAACUGUUAAAGGACCCAAAUGAGUUAGGAUGCGAUAACAAACAUCACACAAAUGGAUGGGUGAAUUUGUCUGUUAUUUUGAUUAUAUUAAUUACAUGCAUUAAAAUGUUUCUUUCGAGAGUUGUACAAAAAAAAAAAGAUGGAAAAAAUUAUCCGCCACUUGUCUCUGAGGGCUGCUCGAUCCUCGCAGGGGUCAAGGCUCUGGACUGUUUCCUGGUGGUUCACCAACUGCACUUGCGGGUGGCUCUAUUUCCCUGGACUCUCUUCUCGUGACUGGUGUGGGUGCUUGGACUGGAGUGGGACUGUGUGGAUACGAAUUUUUUGUGUGUGGCCUGAGGUGUGAUCUUGUGCGUCGGUAUACGCCUUCUGUGGUGUUGUUCUUGUCGAUGUACGAUCGAGGUUCUUUUGCUUCCCUCAGGACGGUUUCUGGUUCCCAGGUCUUGGUAUGUUGCUCAGGUGUGCGUACUGGCUGGCCUAGGGGCAGUGGUUCGAGGGUUGAAGAGGGUUGGGCCUGCUUUCCGGUUAUAAUAGAGAUCAUAGCGCAUAGCCGUCCUCAGCUGCUCCUUAACAAGCCCCGGAUCAGCUUUAAGGCUUGUACGGUUGGACUUUGUUAAAGGGGCACCUUCAACCAAUGUGAUUUGCGGUCGUGCACUUCACCGAAAUCAUUUGCUGUAAUACGGAAACUACGAACGUUCUGAUUGUAUUUGAAAAUCGGAUUGUAUCUUCACAACCUAAGGAAACGGCAGGCUGUGAUACCCUUCUUAAAAGAAACAGAUACAAUCCUGUUAUCAAACACAGAAAUCACGUUCGUGAUUUCUGUAAUACAGCAAAUGAUUUCGGUGAAGUGCACGACCGCAAUGCCGCUGGUUGAAGGUGCCCCUUUAACAGUGUCCUGAACCCGCUAUUGGUUAGCUCUGCCUGUAACUUCAGGUGGUGGUCAAUGAUUGCGCCUCUGUAUGACAACAGUGUUAGGUAGGGAUCUCCUUCUUCUUCGUCACACUUUUUCAGAAUGUUCUUCUGUACCAUGUGUUCAGAGGACCCGUUUGCUUGUGAAUAAUGGGGAACUCAAUAUCAUAGGAUUCUGUGAAAUUUUUGAAUUCCUUGGAGCUGUACUGUGAUCCGUUGUAACGCCUUCCAUUCAUGAAAAUAGAGCGCAAACAAAAAUUCAAAAACAUUAUAUGAAAUUCAUUUUUCAUAAAGUAGGACAUUAAGUUUCGGUGAUCCUUACAUGAGAAAAAUGCUAAUGGUUUUCCAAGGUCAGCACUUUUCAACAUCCAUCGAAAGUCCCUUGGACACCUUAUUAAAUUUACACAGCGUAGUAUUCCCUAUCGUUUCGGAUUAGGGUUAAGCAAUGCCUUUAGUUUGCCUUUAGGGUUAAGCACUGUUUCGAAACUGGUUAGGUUCGUUUUGGGGUUGGGGUUGAUGUUAUAUGUACUUAAAUUGUUUCCCUUUGACUCCCGAGUUGUUCUGUAAUAUUGCUUCAGUUUUGACAUACGUACACUAAAUAACAUCUCAAAAGUUCCCUUCGAGGUAAAAGUACCUACAAUCGUACAUAUUUAGAAAGUAGACAUAUCAGGGUUUCAAAAUACAUACAUAUGUAUUAACUUAACGUUUGUUUGGAGAGCUGUUUGCCUUUAGCGGUCUCUUACCGUUGACACUGUACAUCUUGUGGCCACCGAAGCCCCCGCUUGCUCUCUUUCUUCUAUAUUUUCUUGACCACCACACCGUCUAUCUGCAUGGUUAAGCUCUGAAUUGUUGCGGCCAGUAUCUUCCUCCAUUUAAGCGGUCUAAUCUUCACCUAACCUGAAUCAUUAUUAGUUCGAUCAGCCCCAUUCUUAUCUGACGCAAAGGUUAUAAUAAGGUUAUAAUAAUAAUAAUAAUAAUAAUAAUAAUAAUAAUAAUAAUAAAAGAGUUUUUUUUACCGAUGGCCUAUGUCACAUAAUAGGGCACUGCAUAAAAACUAAAAACUUCAGUACUAAAAAUGACAAAAUAUUAAAAUAGAUGAACUUAAAAAAUAUCACACUAAGCGAACUUAUUGAGAUUUAAAAUGUUUAAGUAAUGAAAUUUUAAAAGCAGUAUAAGGUAGACAUCUUAUGUCCUCUGGAAGGGAAUUCCAGUCUGUCAAUGCACUAUUAAAGGGUCUGAGUAGACCCCAUUUCGUGUUUGAUCUAAUAGAUCUAAUAGUUUCCUUGGAGCGGGUGUUAUGGCUAUGAUAGUCUGAACCUCGAGUUAUCAUACUGUUUCUUUCACUGUCAUUAAUAAAAUCAUGCAUAAAGAAACACCGUUGAAUUAAUCUUCUGGUUGAUAGAUUCAUCCAGUUCAUGUCUAGAAGUGCUUGAGUUGAAGAAGAAUGCAUCGUUCGCUCUAGAACUAGCUUGGUGAAAGGUUUGAACCCAGGAGUCAUUUCAAAAGUAGGUUGAGUUUGAUCGUGCAGGAGCUGUGCGGGUGAACGUAGUCCUGAAUAGGACUGUUGUUGUUGACAGUGACUGACGUUUCAACAACCUGUGCGAGCUUGUGCGGCAGUCAUCUUCAGAGUCAAAGUGAAUUAUAUUACGUCAGUUGAUGGUGUUAUACUCUGGUUAUUGAUGUGAUUGGUCAAUUACGUCGCGAUGUUAUUGGUCGUCUGUCAGUUAAGCCGUGAUGUUAUUGGCUAUGGAGACUCGUAAUCAGUAAUUGGUGCGUUUCGAUCCUUCUAUUGUCCCAGUUAAACAGUCGUCUAUUGUUAGUCAAAUUGUCAGUUGUCCAGUCGUUCCCUCGUAGUUAGUUUUGCUUGAUCUCUUCAAUAAGUCGUUUGUCGGCGCUGAUAACUGUUGGCUACGAUUCAGUGGCAUUUGUUCUAACUUAGUAAACCAGCUUUCUAAAGUAAGACGUGGAUAGUAGUCUGUAGAAUUCGUUAUACAUGUCGCAGAGUCCCAGUCGAUUUGAUGUUUCGUCUGUAAAUGGUUCUCAGCAAUGUGAUUGUUGACGUCACCAUUCCUCGUCGCUCGUUUGUGUUCGGUCAGUCGUGUGUUAAGGUUUCUGCCGGUUUCCCCAAUGUAAGAAGCCUGGCAGUCGCAGCAUUUGAUCUUGUAUACUGCUCCCUGUCUGUCCUCGGUUUCUCUUUGUCCUUGACAUUAGUAAGCAGUCGUCGUAAAGUGGUUAUCGGUUUGUGGGCAACACGUAUAUUGUAAGGUUGUAAUAUACGUGUGAUAGUUUCACAGGUGCCUCUGAUGUACGGCGGUAUAGUCGUUGUCGUAACAGGGCCAGAGUUGACGUUGGUCUAAGUGUUGGAAUCAGUGUUACUGUGAGUGUUCCGUCUUACAAAGUCCGUGUUGUAAUUGUUCUUACUAAAAACGUUGUUAAGAUAAUCAGUCUCGUCUUGUAGGCUGUCAGGUGAGUCGCAAACUAGUUGCACUCGUCUCGUCAAAUUCCGGAUGGUAGUAGCCUUGUGAGGGGUCGGGCUGUACGAAGACUGGUCUAGUAAACGGUCGGUAUGUGUCGGUUCUCUGUAAAUAGUCGUUUAUAGCUUGUUGUUGUCGCGAGUGACCAAGCAGUCUAGAAAAGGUAUCUUACCAUUUUCUUCGAUCUCCUUGGUGAACUGUAUGUCUGCGUUCUGUGUGUUAAGGUGUUCGUGGAAAUCGUCGAUUCCGUCUUUGUGUACGGCGGUGAAUGUGUCGUCAACGUAACGUAACCACAGAGGUAUAGUUCGCGUGUAGGUAGCUAGGGCUUGUUCCUCGAUGUUUGUCAUGACAAUUUCUGCUACAACAGGAGAAACUGGAGAGCCCAUAGAUGUACCGUGUAACUGUAAUGUUUGCCGUUGUACUGAAAGUACGUCGAAGUCAAACAGAGGUUGAGUAGGUCCAUAAUGUCGUCUGUAGGUAGUGGUAGUUCAACGGUAGAGUUCUUAAUAGCGUUGUCAGUACAGUCUAGAGCCAGUUGAAGUGGUAUAUUGGUGAACAGUGAUUUCACGUCAAAAACACUAUUUUGUGGUCGUCCGGUAUCUGUAUUGUCUUAAUGGCGUCAAUAAAGUUCUCAGUAGACUGUAGUUUAUGUCUAGAUUCGUCAGUCAGAGGUUUCAGUACGUUAGUUAAGUAUUUAGACAGUUGGUAGGUCGGGGACCCACAGAAAGAACAACGACGCUACAACAGACUGGGGUGUAGUGUUCCGCAGCCACCCAAGCUGUAUGGACUACCAAAACUACACAGACCCAACAUACCUAUGCGACGAAUGUGAGCUUUCGUUCGCAGAUACACAUAAUGACUGAAUGAACAAAGGUCAUUUCACUAAAACCCACCAUCACGGAAAUUUCAAAGGAAAAUCAUGUAUCACGAGUGUGAAAAUAGUAAAUCACGCAUCACGCUGCUAUACCCAAUCACGCCUUACGCGGCUAAUUUUGGCCCUCAUCACCUAUCGUGCUGCUAAUUUGCGUCCCAUCACACGUCACGGUAAAACCCCAUUUGCCAUCCUGGCAUAGUGAUCACUAGUGACCGCCAUCUAUUCUGGUUACCAGAUUUAUCUUGAAAAAACAUUGCGCUUCGGCUCGCACAUACGCAAUUCAUGAGAUUUACCCCUUAACUUUCAAUAUAGGAGCGCGAGCUUGAGUUCAUAUUCUUUUCAAAAAUCUUUAUCUUUAUAAACCAUUGCGCGUCCAGACGGACAACACUUAAGACCCUCCCCAGUAGCCAAUGGAAAAAUGAAAUUUUCUUACUUGACCAGAUUUUCGUUCACAUUGGGUUACGAGAUUAUUCAAUACGCUCCAAAAGUGAAAUUAAUCACUAAUAGUUAACCAUAUGCAUGUCGUACCCAGAACACUUGAGACUCUUGAGGACAAAAAAGUUGACAAGAGAUCAGGGGAGGAGCUUAGGUUUUAAGAGGGAGAGUCAGAGGUGUUGGCUCUGAAAAAAUCCAGUGCACCCGCGACCUUAAUAUAAUAGUUUUGUUUUAAUCCGACAGCGUUAAUUGAAAUAGAUCUACGUUCCCUGACAGUUAAAAUUUGCUGUUAUAGGUGAAAGAACUACAACAAAAAAAGGUGUAUCAAAGUACAGUGGGUUUCACAACUGGUACCAGUUACACCUGCAGCGAACAAGAAUCGCUGGUGUACAAUUUAUACCGGGAGUCACGGAAAGGUUUCUGAAGGAUACUCAGGUAGUCUACCUUGGGUUCCACUGGUUAUUUUUUGCCUUAUCUAAUUCUGAUAGAUUGCGUUUCGGAGCUUAUCAAACCGUCAGCACGGUUGUUUCAUCCGAGGUAUUUCGAGAACGGAUCUCUACUGGAGCCAGGGUGGUCACGGACGUCAAACGACUCAGACUGUAAUAUAUUAAAAUAGAAUGUCAACUCAAGUGUACCCGGUAAAGUCUCUUAAAAUUGCUUUGUUAUUUUAUAAACAUAAAAAAUAAAUCAAUCAAUCAAUGAAUAGUUAAGAAAAUAAUUAACAUAAAAUAGUAAAUACAAAUUUCCCUGGUCGAUAUUUCAUGUUUAUUUCAUGCACACAGUUUUGGCGGUAAAAUUCGCCAGCCUGUUCUUUCCCAGAUUAAGUAAGAUAAUUAUCAUUCACUUUGCAGCCUCCUUUUAUGACCCUAUUGAAAUUUACAUGGGAUGGUGCGAAGAAAGGUUCCUACAGUACUUUAUUUGUAGGAACUAGCCCAGCCUUCGAGUUGGCCCUGUUCAGCACUUGUUUUCUUAGGAUACCGCUCGCAAAGCAUGAAGACGAAUGUCAAUGCAACAUUGGCAAAAGUGUGGUAAACGUAGAGGUUGCUAGAAAAACUCAGAAUGCGAUUAAGACAGCAUACCCUAAGAGUGUGUCCAUACCGCGUAAGUAACUUUCUAGUAAUUAUAUUGAUAGUACAUGGACCUAGCUGAACCUAAAAAGCGAACCUUCCGUCUUUUAUACAAUACAAUAGGGAGUUUAAGAUACCACAACGGCGACGGCGGCGAAAACGUCACUUAAAAAGUGACUUCAUGUUCUUUCAAACUGCAGCGCGAUUAUCACAACUCGCUCAUUUUGUCCAAUGAAGGCAAACUUUCCUGGAUUUGAAUUCCUAAGAAAGAUAUUCAAGUUUAAAGAAUGAAAGAGAAAUUCGUCGUCGUAUGUUCACGUUGUCGAUUAAAUGUAAAAUUAGGCAAUUCACGUCGUAGUCGUGCAGUGACGGCAAAGAAAUGUACAAAAAAGCGUGAUGUACGUGCGAAGUUGUUGUUUUGCUAACCUGAACCUAUUGGUUUUUUGACGUUCUCGUUGCCGUCGCCGUAGUGACAUCUUAAACUCCCUAAUGAAGUGAAUGAUGCGGGCGCUGUGAUUGGUCGUUGUCCAUAAUCUAUUAGAAUACAGAUACAUGGAUGAAGUCACGAGAAAGUUGUUUUCUUUUUAAUUUGUGAGAUUGUUUUGGAUAAAGAAAGUGAAAGCUUCGAAAAAAGUUUAGCAGGAGCUAUUUAAAAAAAAGAAGAGAAAUGGCGGAAAGGAGACAAAACCAGUUCUUGACAACUUGAGAAUGCCUCAACUGCAAGAAAUCCUCACGACAGUUGCCAUCGUUCGUAUCGUCGUCGUCGCUACGAGACUGACUCGCAAUUUUAUCGAUUAAUCAGAGACCAAAAAAGUCUCUGCUUCCGAAGUUCUUUUCUCUUUUUAUCUUACUUGUUUACAGUUUCUCCGAAACGUUUUCUAGCGCUUUCACUUGCUUAAAGCAGAAUAAUCGCGAAAACAUUUUGCAAAACUAUUAAUGCAACAAGGCUAAACUAGCAAAAAUCCUUCGAACAGUCAUGUAGUACGAGACAGGUAUGUGAAUAUCGUUUUGUCUUCUCUCCUCACUGUAUAAAACAAAAAGAUCAAAUGUUUCAGUGGGUCUAGCCUGAGUAAUCAGACCUAAUUCUUAAAGGGCUAACCUCAGAUCAGGCCCAAUUUUAGCGGUUCUCAUACAUUCUCUCUAACGGCUACCGCUAAAAUUGGGCCUGAUACAAACUGUCACAAGUUUGUGCUCACUGCGGCCUGAUUUUGGCCGCAAUGCUCAUUGGCUGUUAGAACAAUGCCACAAGAUUUGAUUGGCUGUUGGAAUCAACGGAAGUUGAAAGCUCUUAUUCCUCGCGUGGUUGUUUUCUCGAAUGACCAGCCGUCGGCGGAGAGAAGAAUCGAUUUUGCUGUCUUUUUUACUGUUUUAUCGUCUUAAAGGUAGGGGUUUACUGGCUAGCGAUAAACGGCGAAAUAUAUACCUAACUACCGACAAAACGAGAAAAAAAUUACCGACUACCGACAGGGAAAAUAUUAACCGACAACCGACAUAGUCCAACAUUGUAGGGAUGUUUUCACUCGGAAAUAAAUCGUGUUUUUCUAUUUCUCAUUUUUAUCAAAAGUAUGCCGGUGUGAAGGUAAAUCAUUUUAUUAAAUCUCAUUCUCAUUUAGAAUUUCCUGUCAUCAAAUUACUUGUGUCAAAUUGUUACAAAAUAGCGUAUAGGUUCGAUUUCCGCUUUUUUCCUGGCAUUUAUUGGGGACUGCCUAUUUCUUGCCAGCAACUCAAACUCAUUUCAGACCGUUCAAAUGGUGCGCCUUUGUUUCUCCUCCUUUUCGGAGAAAAUCCAGGAAAGGGCGUGCUCAUUUCCUGGGAAACAGACUUCAGUCACUAAAGUUUAUCUCAAACACUAGACUGGGCGUUUCCACUUCGACCACUUAUUUCUCUUGACUACUUCGCUGGUCUUUGAACUGGGGAAGAACUGGUUAAAGACUACUCAAAGUGGCGUAAACGAUCGCGCAGCUUGAGCAAACCAGACUUUAGAUAAGGUUCCAUUGAAAUCAAAUGAUUAAUCUACGCGGAAUGAAGAUGUAUUACCCUUGUAUAGAGGUUAAACUGUGUGGAUUGAAUAACGAAUAUUAAUAAUUAACUUGUCUUUUCAAUUAUUAACCUAGAUUUACCGACAACCGACAAAGGCGGAAAAUAUUAACCGACGACCGAAAUUUUAACUGACAACUAACAACCAUUCACACCCCCCCUCUAUUUCUAAGUCCGUCGAGCGCGGGUGAUAAAAUAUAAGAGACAAAAAGAAAAAUGAAACAACGCCUGUUUAGUGUGUACAAGCUUAAGUUAGUUUGACCUCUUUGUCUUGCUGUGCCCCAUGUGUUCAGUGAGGUGGAGGAAAUUAUAGUUUUUGAUCAAAACAUCCCACUUUGUAAUAGUAAAAAAACGUAAAUAUAAAAAAAUCUAAUGCUUCAAGAGUGUAAAAUAUUUUUUUAUCACUAGCUCAAAGUUGUGACAAUUAAAAAAACAAAAAAAAAAAAAUAUAUAUAUAUAUAUAAAUAAUACAAAAUAUACUGAAACGUAAUCCUCUAGCCGUGCGAUUGAGAAACCUAUGGCCCUUUUUAUUAAAAUGUUUUCAGUUCUGGCGUUCAGUUAAACAUGUAAUUCCCUAACGGCAGGUAAUGAAUUUUGCUAUAAUGUUUUUUGAUAAAGCCACAGCGUGUACUAUUGCCAACAAUGACCGCACAGACUGCGGCUUCAUUGGGAUCGACAAGGAAGGCUGUGAAAAGAGAGGCUGUUGCUGGUUCCAAGUACCCGGACAAUUUAACACUCCCUGGCCAUUGUGUUUUUAUCCAACUGGUACGUGUACACUGCUUUUUAUUUGAAUAUAGAGAAUCUUUAUUUACUGAUGCUUAGGCAGCAUAUUUACUAAACGUCACCCUUAACCAAGGUACCUGAAAUUAUUGGGGGGGGGGGGGUUGCUGGCAGGGAGCGUUCGAACAUUGUGCGUGCCUCUGGAAAAAUCCUGUGCCUCUAUUUGACUUAUACAUACCUGCCGAUUUCUUGAAAACGAAUCAAGUGGACUUUACAGCCAUUUGAAUGAAAAAGGGUCAAAAGGCAGGGUUUUUUGCAUCGGAUAAGCUCGAAAAUAGCACUAGCAAAGAAAAAGGGGGGAAAAAAAAGAAAAAGAAAGAAAGAGCGAGGAGGAAGAGAGGAGGAGAGCAAUAGUUGCACUUUUAGGGCGCUUUCCAUUUCUCAGAAUUAACCGGCCACUGCGGCCAGACUAUACCUGUCGUACUGAGAAUUUCACCUUUAAUCAUAACUAUCUAGCCAGAUCAGUCAAAAUCCUAAAAAGCCAACGCGAAGAAAAAAGCUUAUUUCGUUGUCAGUUCUGACUUUUGGAAGGCGCCCUUAGUUAUUCCUUUGGCUACUAUAGAGAACAGCCUGACGGAAGAGGUCGGUAACGUUUUCAAAAAUCCGGUUAGAUUUAUUAAUAAUCUCAUUAAAAUUACUUAAGAUAACCCAUAAAAUUCCAGCCCGGUUCUUUUGUUAAGCUCCCGUGGGGAUUACAUUCUAGGUUCCAGUGACGGGGAUAACCCUUCCCGGGAUUUUUUGGGUAGAAAAAUUUGGCAAGUAUUGUUUGUGUCUCUUGAUUUAAGAAGGAACUCAAGAUUUGAUCUGUGGAUUAACGCCUGCCUAUCCUGGCCACGUUGUUCCGCUAAUAAAGUACAGUCAAACUUGUUUUGGGACUGUUUAAAAAAUUCACGCAUUACUUACUACACUCCAUAAGGUGUCCCGGGAUGUUUGGAAGUGGCUUUUCGAUUCUUAAAAACCCCGUCAGGAUAUACCAUAUAACUUAACUCCGUUCAAAUCAUUUUUGUAAACCUCUUUUUAAUAUUAACAAGAUAUUGAAGAGAGAAAGAAGUUUAGUUUGUUAAGUAUGGGACUGAUCGCUGCGACUUUGUUUCAUCGAAAUUCCUAUGAAGGGAUCAUUUUUUUCUUUCCAAUUACUGAACUUUUUUUUUCUUCUUUCAUAAGUAGAUACUGGAGUGAAUUACCGUAAAAUUCCGAAAAUAAACCCCGGGGCUUUAAUUUUUCAAAGGCCCUUUUUGAGGGGCUUAUUUUUUGAGGGGCUUACAUUCGGAGGGGCUUAUCUACGGAAGGAAAUUUGCGUUUCAAAAUCGAUUGGGCUAACCUUAUAGUUGGAAGGAAAUUUACCGUUUUUGAUUUGUUUUGCUUGUAUUUGAGGGCAAUUUUCAAGUACAACCUCCCGGAGGGGCUUAUAUUCGGAGGGGUGAUUUAACGGAGGGUUUUUUGCGUUACGAGUCUGGGGGGCCUAUAUUUGGAGGGGCUUAUACAUGGAGGGGCUUAUUUUCGGAAUUUUACGGUAACAACUUACGAAUUACAAACAAAUUAUAAAGAAGGUGUGGUGAAAGUUAGAAAUUGACUUUUCAUUUAGUUACACUCGACGUUUUGUUCUUGUUUAAGAACACAAAUGUCAUGGUAUUGCUCCCAACCAUCGAAAAGAUUGUGGUUACGUAGGAAUCACCCGCCAAGAAUGCGAGAACUAUAAAAGUUGUUGCUUCGACAAUCAUAUCCCAAAUGUACCAUUCUGCUUCGAAGGAAAUCCUUGAGAGAAAUAAAGAAACUAUACUGUACAGAAGGUAGGGUUUAGUGUUUCUAAUAAAGGUAGAAUAUAGUUCUUUCUUCCAGUUUUUUGUGUUGCCUGAAAAGUUAGUUUACUACAGCAUGCGAGCAAGCUCUCCCUGGGGUACGCCCGCUAACAGGCUAUGGCUCUACUACUGUCUGACUAUCCCCUCUAGGCGCGUUACUUAAACCAUUGAAACAAACCAAUGAGUUACUGUCCAAUGGUUUUCACCAUAACCACCACCACCACUACUACCACUAUUAUCAUCAUCGUCAUCGUCCUUUUCCUUAUCCUUAUCCGCACCUCCCUUGUUUCGUUUCCGUUGGUGUCACUGCUGCUUCAAACUAAUUUCUUUCUUAAUUUUCUUUUGCAGCCAAUGAGUGAGUUAGCAUUGAAAACUUUUAAACCAUUGAUAGAAGCUGAAUAAAUUCAUUAUUCCCAAAGCUGAAG